CCUGAGGCCAGUGGAAACCAUGCGGGGGAGUAUCUAAUGUCACAUGGCCAUCGGCUAUCUUUCUCCUGACACGGUCUCUCUGAGAGUCAGUCAAGCACGUCAACUAGUACCUUGUGGAGUCAGGGCAGAGGCGAAAGGCCCCCAGAGCCAGCACAUCAUCGUAGCUGUGAUCCUGACCAAGCUCUUUUCCGGCUGUGAAAUCCCAGUUUUUCACAGGUGUUCUGGAGAAAUCAGGCAAGAUAUGAAAGCACCAGAAGACAAGAAUGCUUCCUUAGCAGAAGUUGAAGAUCACUUAAUUUUACUACCCACUACAGCACGGAAUGAAGACGAUGACACAUUUCAAGGAAAAUGGUACUGCCGUGGGAAAAGCUGUUACCACUUUUCAAAAGAGGAGAAAACUUGGGAGAGGAGCAUGGUGUCAUGCCAAGAUCUGCAGGCUAGUCUCCUGAAGAUUGAUACUAAAGAGGAGCAAGUCCUUAUUCAAUCAAAAAUAAAAUACAAUCAUUGGAUUGGAUUAAGUAGAGUUCAAGAAAGCAGGUAUCACUGGAAAUGGCUGGAUGGCUCACCCGUAUCUCAGCAGCUGAGUUUCCGACAGAGUUUAUCUCAUGUGAAAUGUGGACACCUGAGACCAUCAGCUAUUUAUGGUGCUGAUUGUAGUAAAAGCUUCCGUUACAUUUGUGAAAAGGAGUUCUCUGGCCCUGAUAAUUAAAGAAGCGCUGUGAUCAAA